UUGAAUAAUUUUUUAAAGUUAAAAAUGAUUUUUUAAUUCUUACAUUAUAACACCCUUUAACCAUUGAAGUUUUUCAUCAGAUUUUGCAAAAUCCUAUUUCCACUCGUAACUGCGAUUUUCGUUUUGUUGCAUAGAGAAAAAAAAUUCUCAGCUCACAAAAUCAAGAUCGAAUCUCCAAAGAGAAAGAGAAUUGGAGAAAAUGGACGCCAUUGAUUCUGUCUUCGAUCCACUCAGAGAAUUCGCCAAGGACAGCGUCAGGCUCGUCAAGCGCUGCCACAAACCCGAUCGCAAAGAAUUCUCGAAGGUUGCGGUGCGAACUGCUAUAGGUUUUGUUGUGAUGGGAUUCGUUGGCUUUUUCGUCAAGCUUAUUUUCAUUCCUAUUAACAACAUCAUCGUCGGAUCUGGUUAGGAUAAGGGAAACUCAGGUAUUCAAGCUGUGAAGCAUAAGGAGGCAGAUAGGGUUCUCUUUUUAGUAAAACAUUCAGUGCAUUUCAUCUUAGUUUUGUAUUGGUUUUUCUAUAGGUCUUUGUUCUAAAACAUUACAGUUUAACAUGUAAAAUUACAUUUUUCCAUGUGUUAAUUUUGACCCAUUGUUCAAGGAGGAAAAAGUUUAGAUAA